AUGGUAUCUCACAAAAAAGUGGAUCACGUCGAUAAAACUUCGAUCUUUCGCUUGCCAUCGCCAAAGACCACAAAGAGCUACGUGAAGCUGCAGGCAGCCACUCCUGCGAUGACCGCCAUGACAGCGUGCCUGAGGGCUAAGACCGCCUUUACUGGAAACGGAAGUUCACAUUUCCUGUCCUACGCCGUGGGUUCUAUGGACAACGCUUUCCUCUUUGCGUACAAUGGGAAUGGAGUCAUCUACAGCUUGGUAUUUAACGCAAUAAAAGACACAUCCGUGUCUAAAGUCCAUGAUGGGGCCUGGCACCACUGGUGCUUCUCUUGGAACAAUCGUGGUGGCAAGUGGACGGUUUACAAGGACGGCAUGCCUGCAGCGGCGGGCACUGGCUUCCAGGCAGACAAAACCAUACCAGCAAAUGGAGUUUGGAUUGUUGGACAAGAUCAAGAUACGGUAGGCGGCGGAUUUGAUGCUACACAAGCAUAUGUUGGUGACAUCACUAGCAUCAAUGUUUGGAACACCGACAAUGUAAACGUGGCAGCAGUGGCAAACUGUGGCGAUAAUUUUGGAGGAAACGUCAUCUCUUGGUAUGACGUCAGCAAAGAAAUUCACGAAGUGUCUACAUACAGAGAAGAUCUUUGCAAAUUGAAAUAA